AUGGCGUCGACGCGAUUUCUCUUGCCCUACUUCCUCUUUUUCUUCUCGCUUACCAUGGCGGGAAACCUUACGGCAAAGUCGCACUUGCGAAGAAUUAUGUACUUCACAGGCGGUAACGGCGAAGACUACAAACAGGUGCCCAACUCAGCCAAAGCCUGGGAGAUCAACGCCUACCCUCUCUUGCUGGCAGAGCUCCGUGCCGCGCUCGGCCCCGACAAACUCAUAUCCGCUGCCGUGCCAGGCCUGACGCGGGAUAUGCUCGCCUUCACCCGCGAGACAGUGCCCCAGAUCAUGCGUCACCUGGACUUUUUGAACGUCAUGACGUACGAUCUCAUGAACCGCCGCGACACCGUGACCAAGCACCACACAGGCGUUGAGCUAAGCCUCGAGGCCAUCGACGCCUACAUUUCCGCCGGCGCGGCCCCCGAGAAGCUCAACCUGGGGUUCGCCUUCUACACCAAGUACUUCAAAACGGAGCACGACGCCUGCGCAGGCCCGUCGCCGGUGGGCUGCCCCACCCUGCUGCUCGAAGACCCAGAUACCGGGGGAGAUCUCGGCCGCAGCGGUGGCUUCUCGUGGCACGACACGGUGCCCGAGGAAGUGGCCGAGUCGUUUGGGAGAGCACGCGAGCACGGCGUGUAUGACGACCAGCAGGGCGGGUUUUAUUACUGGGACGCCAAGGAAGACCUCUGGUGGACUUUUGAUACUCCAGAUGCCAUCAAGCGCAAGUUCCCGCUGAUCAUGGCCAAGAGACGAUUAGGAGGCGUGUUUGCCUGGGGUUUGGGCGAAGAUGCGCCCUUGUUCGACCAUUUCACGGCUCUCAGUGAAGGACUGAGCGGGCACUUGAAAGCGAGGGACGAAUUGUGA